UUGCAGUAUAAAAAUGACGUGGAAUUGAUAGCAUCAACUUCAAAGAAGACGUGAACCAUCUCGACCUCAUCUCCUAACAUCUCAGCCUCACCUCUGUCCAUAUUCUCACUCCUAAAAUGUCUCUCAAGCCACCCUACAAUGCCUCAACCGCCCAUCAAAAAGUCAAAGUCGCCCAAAACCUCUGGAACACCCAAAAUCCCACCAAAAUCUCCCAAGCCUACACCGCCGACUCCAUCUGGCGCAACCGAGACAACUUCCUCCAAGGCACAGACCAAAUAAUCGCCUUCCUCACAGCGAAAUGGGAAAAAGAGAAAAACUACACCCUUCGGAAAGAACUAUUCGCUUUCACAGAAAAUCGGAUCGCUGUGCAGUUUUGGUACGAGUAUCAAGAUGAGAAUGACGGGAUGAAGUGGAAGAGGUGUUAUGGUUUGGAGGAUUGGACGUUUGAUGAAGAGGGGAAAAUGAGGAAGAGGCAGAUGAGUGGGAAUGAUGUCGAGACUAAGGAGGAGGAGAGGUGGUUCAAGGAGGGGCUGGAUGUUGAUGCGGUGGAGAUUGGGGAGGAGCAUUGGUGAAGCAAAUUAUGUUGUGAUUUUGGUUGGUGUCAGCAGUAUGAGGUCGUCUUCUUCUUACCAAUUACAAAUUAUAUGAUAUAACCC